AUGGCGUGUAAACCGCCAAGUUACAACGGGGAAGUUGACCCGAUAAUAUGCCAAAGAUGGCUAAGUGAUAUUGAAGGAGUGUUUGAAAGGACACACUGUGAUGUAAGCGAUUUGGUAGCUUACGGUACGGGUCAGUUGAGAGAUCAAGCCAAAGACUGGUGGGAUAACAAAAAGAAAGAGAUUGGAGCCGAUGCGGCAAGGUCCAUGACAUGGGAUGAGUUUAAGGUACCAUUCCUUAAACAUCACAGUCCCAAGGUGGUCAUCAACAGAAUCAAGGAAGAAUUCAUCCAGUUGAGACAAAAGGGUGAAUCAAUAGACAAGAUUACGGGCAUCUUUCUCGAUAAAUUAAGGUUUUGUAACGAACUUGUGACGAAUGAGGAGCAGAAAAUAUAUUAUUAUUAUAAUAUGUUAAGUGCCGAAUAUCGGGAGUUUAUGACUCCUUCGAAGUACGAGACCCUCACUGAAAUCAUUAACACCGCCCGGGAGCGGGAGAUUGAAUUGAAGAAACAAGUAGAGAGGGGCGAACGAAGGGCGCAGGAUGUGAACCCAAGCCCUACAAAGCAGGCACGAACAACUGAAUCGGCAAAGGAGCCGGAAAUGAAGGGCGGAUCGCCGAGCUGUAAGGUAUGUGGAAAGGGGCAUAAAGGCGAGUGUCGCUUUAAGGAUAAACCGUGUCCCAUAUGCGGAAAGACAAGGCAUACGGCUUCGCUCUGCCCAGGGAAGGUUUCGGUUUGUUACAAUUGCUACCAACCGGGUCACGGGAAAUUUGAGUGCCCGGAGUUGAAUGAGAAGGAUGUGCAGAUGGAAGCACAAAAGGUUUAG